CUCGCGUGAACUGACAUGGAGGCCAUCAACACGGAAGUACACAUUGUGCUACAGUUUACAAGAAUAAUAGUGCAGUGAUUUGCCAAUGAAUUCUGUCAUGGGGCUCGGAAAAUUGGUGACACAGUGCAUAUGUGCAAGGGAAUCCAUAGAAAUUGAAGGUCAUCGCUAUUCAGUUCUUGAACGGCUUGCAGAAGGUGGCUACAGCUUGGUUGAUCUAGUGAAAGACAAGGCCUCAUACAGAGAGUUUGCAUUAAAACGAAUACAGUGCCAUUCAAAGGAAGAUGAGAGAAAUACACUUAAAGAGGUUGAAUAUCAUAAACAGUUCCGUCACAAGAAUUUGUGUGGAUGUGAGGGGAGUCAACUUAAAAAAUUAAGGAACCAAAAUCCUGGUGCUGCUUUUAACACCGGACCAAUCAGUGAAAUGCUUAUUGUCUUACCAUUUUUCAAGCGUGGGACGUUACAAGAUGAAAUCAGCCUUAGACAACACAAAAUGGAGUACAUUCCAGAGAAAAGAGUGAUUCAGUUAUUCCUUGGUAUAUGUGAAGGUCUUAGGGAGUUACACAGUCAUAAUAUUGCACAUAGAGAUAUUAAGCCAGGGAAUGUUCUUCUGUCUGAGACUGACACUCCUGUCCUUAUGGACUUUGGGUCUAUGGAUGUGGCUAGAGUGGAUAUUAAGACAGCCUCUGAAGCACUAGCAUUACAAGAUAAAGCUUCAAUGACUUGCACAAUGCCCUAUAGAGCUCCAGAGCUGUUUAAUGUGGAACGACAGACCACAAUUGAUGAGCGUGUUGAUAUUUGGUCAUUAGGGGGUACAGUUUAUGCUAUGAUGUACCUUGAGGGACCAUUUGAGAAAAUUCAUCAACGAGGGGACAGUGUGGCUUUAGCAGUGCUCGGCUGCAACAUUAGAUACCCAGAAGAACAGACUCAAUAUUCCUCUUCAUUGGUUGACCUGAUAAAGUCACUUCUAGCGGUUGACCCAACCCAGAGGCCAUACAUAGACUGGGUGCUACAACGAUUAGACAAUGUCUCAAAAAACUCCAAUAACUGUAACACGAAGUCAGCAACCAAUGUGAUUUGAUCGCUUUGAUAGAGGCCAUACAUAGACUGGGUGUUCAGACAAUAUCUCAGUUAAAGGAAUUCUAGGUGAUAAAAAUAUUGCUUCUUGGGCAAGAUCAAAUGACUUUAACAUAUUCUUUACCCAACCUAUUUUGUAAUUUAACAAUCAACACAAGUGUACAUACCAU